AUUAGUUAACAGUAAAGAUGUAAGAUAAUACCGUUGGAAAGGAUCACUAUUUCCACACACUUUCAUUCUUCUAAGAGUGCGGUUUAAGCUGGAGUUAUUUCAUAAACACACAGCAGCUCACUGAAUGCAAACACGUGUGUUUGAGUAACAGAGUGUAUUGUAUGAAGGGAAGCCCCGAGCCCGCGUUCCAUUCAAGAUCUGUUGUAUUUAAUCCCAAUUAUUACUGUUUUUAUUGUAACACACGUUUCGUUUUUGACGCGCAGGCUCUGCAAAUUCAAGUUAAUGAAUUUAACUCACACACUCACAAAUAGAAAAUGCUGCCAAAUGUUUGCUCGUUAAGCUUUAAUGCCGGAAUUUAAUACAAAUGCAUUAUAGAAAAUACAGAAAUUAUGGUUUGUCAAUGAAAUAUAGGUUCUGGGCGGAGAGAAUCGGAUGUAGUAGCUACUAGAGGCCGCUAGGGGGUGCAAAAGAAACGAUGUUGAAAUAAUAUUAGCAGAGCUAGUGUUAAAAUAAUAGUAACAUAGUUUGAUAGUGACGUUUAGGGGUAGAGGUUAGGGGUGAUGUUUAGUUGUAGAAGUAGGGGUUCAUUUUAGGGGUUAGGUGUAAGUUGCAUAUGCUGUGGCAUGGAGUGUAGUUGCAGCUGUAUUUUACUGUGUUUUGUUUUUUUUAAAUAACUUUAGAUUUGUUAUUCUGCAUUUUGCUUUAAUAUAAUAAAGGUCAAGGAUGAGAAACUUGGUAGAAUGGUGUGUUUUUCAGUGAGUGUUUAGUUUUUUAUUUGCACCCUCUUGCUCCCUCUAGUGGCUACUACAUCCGACGCUCACCACUCUGAACAGAAAGUAGAAAGAACAGAUCUCUUCUAACUUGCUCCAGUAUUGACACAACUCUUCCAUGACUGGAGUUCCAUCCUUCUUAUAAACCUGUGCAGAACUCGAUUAUAACAGCAUUGUGUUUGUAUUCUAACAGUGCCAUUCUCAAACUCCAGUCCCAUUCCCAACUCUCUCCUCCUCUGUCCCUCUCACACUUUCAGCACCUUCUGCUUAUCUAAACCUGGCCUCAGUCCCAAACCUCCCCUCUUAGAGCUUUAUAUAUCUCCUGGAAUUCAGACUCACAGUUAAGUUUCGUUUGUUGUGAAUUCGUCAGUCUCUCUGUCUUGCUGCAGCAAGAAUGGCUUCAAACUUGUGGUCAGAGGAUCAGUUUAGUUGUUCACUGUGUCUGGAGCUAUUGAAGGACCCAGUCACUAUUCCAUGUGGACACAGUUACUGUAUGGGGUGUAUUAAGAACUGCUGGGAUCAGACUGAUCAUACAGGUGUCUACAGCUGCCCCCAGUGCAGAGAGACCUUUACCCCAAGGCCUGUUCUGGGCAGAAACAUCAUGCUGGCUGAAAUUGCUGGAGAAUUCAAGAAGAGAAGACUCAAUCCUCCUCCUGCUCAAAGUUAUGCAGGACCUGGAGAUGUGCCGUGUGAUUUCUGCACUGGGAGAAAGUUCAAAGCUGUGAAAUCCUGUUUGACGUGCCUGGCCUCUUACUGUGAAACACACGUCAAGCCACACAGUGAGGUUACUCCAUUAAAGAGGCACAAGCUGGUCAAUGCAAUUGGAGAUCUGGAGCGGAAGCUUUGUGCUGAACACCAGAAGGUUUUGGACAUCUUCUGCAGAACCGAUCAGACGUGUGUUUGUGUGUUGUGUACAGACAAGGAUCACAAGAGCCAUGAUACAGUCUCAGCUGAAGCAGAAAGGAGUGUGAAACAGAAGCAGCUGGGAGAGACACAGACAGAAAUACAACAGAGAAUCCAGGAGAGACUGAAAGAAAUUGAGGAGAUGAAACAGGCUGUGGAGUCACUGAAAAGAUCUGCAUGCAUAGAAAUAAAGGAAAGUGAGAAGAUCUUUACUGAGCUGAUCCGAUCCAUUGAGAAGAUCCACACUGAGGUUAUUGAGCUGAUUGGAGCUAACGAGAAGGCUGCAGUGAAUCAGGCUGAAGGACGCAUGAAGAAACUGGAGCAGGAGAUUGCUGAGCUAAGGAGGAGAAACACUGAGCUGAAACAGCUUUCAGAGACAGAGGAUCACAUCCAUUUUCUACAGAAUUUCCAGUCUCUCUGUGUCCCUCCUGAAGCUGGAGACUUACCCAGAGUUAAUGUCAAUACAGACAUCUCUUUUGGGACUGUGAGGAAAGCUGUAUCUGAACUUAAAGACCAUAUUGAGGAUUUCUGGAAGGGGGAAUUAGUAAAAAUAACCACAACAGUGAAUGAAACAGCAGUUUAUACCCUGGGGUCUAGGAGCAGUGACAGACGUUUCAAAGUGAAUGAAGUUGCGGUUUACAGUCUGCAGGCUACAGAGCCAAGGAACAGAGCUGAGUUUUUAAAAUAUUCCUAUCAGCUCACACUGCACCCCAACACAGCAUAUAGAGAGCUCUGUCUGUCUGAAGGAAACAGAAAGGUGACACGGAGGAGUGAGACCCAGCGAUAUCGUCAUCACCCAGAGAGAUUUGAUAGCUGGCCCCAAGUGCUUUGCAGAGAGCGUUUGUCUGGGACUCGCUGUUACUGGGAGAUUGAGUGGAGGGGGGGAGGGGCUUAUAUAGGAGUCACAUAUAAAGGAAUCAGCAGGAAAGGAGGGGAUCGUUGCUGUCUCCUUGGAUGCAAUGACAAGUCCUGGAGUGUGUACUGCUCUGAUUCCAGUUAUUCUGCCCGGCACAAUAACAAUAAAACUGCAAUAACUGCCCCCUGCUCCCCCAGAAUAGGAGUGUAUCUGGAUUUUAAUGCCGGCACUCUGUCAUUUUAUGGCGUCUCUGACACAAUGACCCUCCUGCACAGAUUCCAAACCACAUUCACUGAGCCGCUCUAUCCUGGGUUUUGGAUUGGUUAUGAUUCCUCUGUAACAAUCUGCCAGCUGAACUAGACUGUUUUGUGUUGUAAGAAACCCUUUGUAUUGAACUCCCUGUCUGUCCUCUCCACUCCUUGGGUGAAGGGAAUCUUUAAUCUGACACAAUUUUGGAUGAAAGGGGGUAAAAUGGCGCCACCUGCAGAGUGAAACGAGGUUAAUUAUUUGUUUUUAUGCUUGGGGCAUAACAUUUGUAAUUGUAAACACUCACACCUGGACAGCUGUUUCAGCAUAAAACGUUCAAUAUGUCGUGAGUAUGAGUAUCUCUUAAGGUGAUUGUAGCUAACUAAAUAAUUCCACAAUGUGUUCCUAUAUUGCACUUCCAUUGGCUGCACAGGACUCUCAUGUGCAGGUUUGAAAAACAUGACAGGCAAGAUUCUCAGAAAACCAUGAUCUUGUUUCGAAUGGGAUUUUGUGUCUCAAAUGGAUAUUUAUAGUAUAUAGCUGAACUAUUUGGGAUUUAGGUACAUCUUGCAAAUCUAUAAACCGUGAGGCUUCAUACAUACCUUUAUACAGAAAAGCAAUAGGUACAAGAUGCCUUUUCCUCAUGUUAUAAUUGUAAAUUAGUUUAAAUAUUAGUUUAAGUAUAGUUUGUAAAUUCUCAUUGGAAAUGGUUGCAUGUUUACUCUAACUAGCAUUUAAUUAGAUGCAUUGGGUCUAUUCAUCAGGCAGUUCAAAGUUUCAAUAUUAUAAUUGUUUACUUAUUUUAACUGUAAUGUGAGUGAAAUAUCAUCACAAGAAAGAAGACAUUUCCAUGGAUAAAGUAAAUUACAUUCAAUUUGCAUUACAUGUGCAAUCUGCCCACAGUGGAAAGGCAGAAACGUGUUUUAAGCCUGGCCUUUGUCGCCCUCUUCAGGACAAACUGCAGCUGCGCAGAGCCUGAUUGAAAGCAAUUCUUUUCACUUGGUGUGGUUCCAUUGGAAAUGUAGGACCCUAUUCACACAACCUUCAGGACUGUUCCAAGCACUGUUCUGUUAAAGACUCUUUAUGGUUUAAAUCAGGUUGUUUAGAGAGGGGGAGCAGUUUACUGUUUAUUAAUUUUAUUGUUUAUUAUUAAUCAAAGCACCAUUUAAGGUCAAAACUUUAUAAUCAGGUUUUAAAUUAAAACCAAAACAUGAAUGUAAAGAAGGACCAUUUUAACAACCAUUUGGUUUUUUUUAUGUUUCUGUACUUCAAUUAAUGCAAACCUUUUUUCAUAUACUUUUUCUUGAAAUGUUUUGUAAAGUUUUAAUGAUCAAUGAAUGUUUUGUUCUGCAUCUACUUCU